CCGGAAGUAGAUAUGACAGCUCUAAACCGGAUAUUACGCCGCAACCGGGGGUCAGAAGUUCUCUCUUACAGCCAUCUUGGAUAUAGCAUCCCGAGUCGCAACCAUGCCUGGUGAAGCCACAGAAACGGUCCCAGUCACCGAGCAGGAGAUGCAGCAGCCUCAAGUGGAGACUGCUACACCUCCUGCCCCAGCUUCCUCCCAGCACCCUCAGGCAGCUUCUGGCCCUGCAAAGCCAAAAGGCAAAGAUGCCAAGAGUGCGCAGGGUUCCUCUGCCCCAAAGGCUGUUCCUGGCAGAAGAAAACGCUCUUCUAUGUCUGCCUCUUCCUCUUCUCCCACCUCACCAAAAUCUACUACCUCCACCCCCCUGUCACCUGUGCCAUCUCCCCUAGCUUCCACACCUGGCAGUUCUCCUGCUAAUCGUUUCACCCCAAAAGUUGUCAAGGCUGGCAAACAAGGAAAAGCUAAGAAAGGAGAGGCAUUUGAGCCUGCUCCUGCCCCUGCAGAGUGCAAGGUCACAGCAACAACUGAAAAACCAGUAGAAGCUAACCCCAAGCCGACUGUAGUUGAAGCUAAACCUGCCCCAGUUGAAACCGUCAAACCCUCACCGGCUGCUCCAAAGCCUGUUGCAGCCCCAGCUGCUUUUAAAGUUACAUCAAAGCCUGCUGUUGCAGCUCCAGUUUCAUUCUUAGAUACUAUUGCUUCUAGCCCUCCCAAAUCCGUUGAAAUGAAGACCUCAAAAACUGCUCCUGUUACUGCAGUUGCCGAGGAUGAUCUCCCCCCACUUAUCCCACCUGAGAAGCCAAUAACAAUGCCAAUAUUUGUACCCCCUGUUGAGAAAGAGGGUGUUAAACUUGGUACGUCUCCUAAACCUUGUUAUGAACCAUCAAAUCUAGAGGUUACUAAAGUAGCACCCAAACUCAAGAUGGAUAUUGAGCCCAAGUCUGUGCCUGUUGAGCUUGCCAAAGCAGCAGCCGCAGUAAAAUCUGCUCCUGCUGAAGUUGCUAAACCAGCAGUUGUUGAGGCUGCUAAACCAGCAGUUGUUGAGGCUGCUAAACCAGCAGUUGUUGAGGCUGCUAAACCAGCUCCCGUUGAGGCUGCUAAACCAGCAGUUGUUGAGGCUGCUAAACCAGCAGUUGUUGAGGCUGCUAAACCAGCUCCCGUUGAGGCUGCUAAACCAGCUCCCGUUGAGGCUGCUAAACCAGCUCCCGUUGAGGCUGCUAAACCAGCAGCUGUUGAGGCUGCUAAACCAGCUCCCGUUGAAGCUCCUAAACCUGCUUCUGUUGAGGUUGCUAAACCAGCAGUUGUUGAAGUGUCUAAACCAGCAGUUAAGGCUGCUAAACCUGCUCCCAUUGAGGCUGUUAAGCCAGCUUCUGAGGCCAAACCUGCUCCUGUUAAAGCAGUUGUUGAGGCCAAACCUGCCCCUGUUGAGGCUGCUAAACCAGCUGCUGAGGCCAAACCUGCCCCUCCCAAGAUUGUAAAGCCAGAGGCCGAGGUCAAGUCUGCCCCUGUUGAGGUUAAGCCAGCUGCAGAACCUAAACCAGCUGUUGCUGAGGUUACCAAGCCAGCCCCUGUGAAGAGCGCUGGGCCAGUUACUGAGCCUAAAUUGGUUGAGGUUAAGGCAGCACCUGCUGAGAUUGCCAUGCCUUCCAAACCAGCAGCUGAGCCCACAUCUGCCCCCGUAAAACCUGCUCCAGUCGAGCCCGCCAUUCCUGCCCCUGCUCCCCGUAAACUGACAUUUGCUGAGGCAGUUGCGACACCUGUUAAACCUAAGGUUGAGGUAAUCAGUACUCCUGAACCCGUCUCAUCACCCAAACCUGCUAAAACCCCAGCCAAGGUGGAGCCUGUGAUCAAGAACGACAAGGGAUCCGGCACAGAGUCAGACAGCGAUGACUCAGUCCCUGAAUUGGAGGAACAGGACUCUGCACAGACACAGACACAGCAAGCUCAGCUUGCAGCAGCUGCCGAAAUAGACGAGGAACCUGUCAGCAAAGCCAAACAGAGCCGCAGUGAAAAGAAGGCACGAAAGGCAAUGUCAAAGCUGGGUCUCAGGCAGGUAACAGGGGUCACCAGGGUUACCAUUCGCAAGUCAAAGAACAUCUUGUUCGUUAUUACCAAACCAGACGUCUACAAGAGCCCCGCAUCAGACACAUACAUCGUCUUCGGUGAAGCUAAGAUCGAAGAUCUGUCCCAGCAAGCCCAGCUGGCCGCCGCAGAAAAGUUCAAGGUACAGGGAGAAGCUGUAUCAAACAUCCAGGAAAACACACAGACGCCAACAGUACAGGAGGAGAGCGAAGAAGAAGAGGUUGAUGAGACCGGAGUUGAGGUCAAGGACAUUGAACUCGUCAUGUCACAAGCCAACGUGUCGCGGGCGAAGGCUGUACGCGCCCUGAAAAACAACAACAACGACAUUGUCAAUGCUAUUAUGGAGUUGACGAUGUAAUGGGACCCUGGCACUGUAGGGUUGAAGAAAGGUUGCUGAUUUAAGCUCGUUUAUACAAUUUAUACCCAAGAUGGAAAUAAAGUUGUGGCUUGAUAAAAUGAAA